AUGAAAAAAGGUGUUAGUCUAGAAAAGAUAAAUGGCACUGAAGUAAUUUCAAAUGCGAAUAGCAAGACUUCUAGACGUAAUCUGUCCAACACGAGUAGCACAGAUGAUGCAACUCAUCAAAAAAUGCCGACAUUCCCUUUUAAGCCGACCCCUAGUGGAAAUUUAAAAGUUCAAUCCAAUCAGGUAGUAUUUCAGUCUUCAACAGUAGGAGUUUUAUUAGCGGAUCCAACACAGGCAAAGGUGAAAGUUAAAUUUGAGGGUAAGACUACUGAAGAACUAGAUGAUGAAUUAAACAAUUUACUAUCUGGUAAUCACGAUAUGAACGAUGAACCUAAUCUCCAAUUACAAUAUGGUCCCAAAAAAAGUCCUAAUACGCAACUCCACGUAAAAAAUGUACUAGAAAGAAAUAUCAAUGAUAAGUCGCGUACUGAAACAAAAAACAAAGAAUUGAUCAGUAUGGGAUACGGGCAGGUGGAAGCCAUAGACUGGACGCAUGUGCAAUUGCCAAAGAAACAAGAAUUAUUUCAAGAAUUCUAUCGCAGAGUGCAUAACUUCAUUAAUACAGAUUGCAUUGUACACAUUGGUCGUGAGGAAUUCCAUUGUCAUUAUAUGGUACUACAGAUAUAUUCGUCAUUCUUCAACACAAACACUCAAAGGGAAAUAGAAUUACCCAUUAGUAAUGUUAAACCAGAUGCCUUUCACACUAUAUACGAAUGGAUGAUAUUUAGCGGGUCAGAAAGCAAUAAGUUGUUGAAAAGAGAUAAUGUUUUAGAUCUGUAUUCUGCUGCUCAGUAUUUAGCAAUAAAAGAUUUAGAAGACCAAUGUUGGUCGUUUAUGGAAAACGAGACUAUUUUUAAUGAAGAUGCGGCUUUUGUUUUAUAUAGAAAAGCAAGGAUCAGGAACAUGACUUCUGUUAUGGAAUUGAUGGUGCGCCGAGUCAAGAGAUUCUUUUUACCACUCGUUGCUUCAAAGGAUUUUCUUAAAUUAGAAGCUGAAGAGAUAUUGACCUUUUUAAAGUCGGAUUAUAUCUGUGUAACAAGUGAAAUUGAGGUUCUAAUGGCUGGCGUAAGAUGGCUAUACGGAGACUGGAAUCUUCGAAAACGCUUUGCUGUAGAUGUGAUGCGGUGCGUGCGCUUCGGCCUCAUCUCGCCCUGGCAACUCGUCGACAUUAAGAGAAACCCGGAGAAUGCUGAGAUAUUGGAAAUUGUGAAUGAUUCAGAAGUUCAACAAAUGGUCGACGAUGGACUGGCAUACGUUAUCAUAAAAUAUUGGUAUGGCAACAAUUCUAAAAACUAUUAUCAUUGGAUUGAUGUUUUGGGUUUAUCUGAGCCAACGGAGAGAAAUUGGAUAGGCGAAGAGAAGAAUCAUGUGACGUACAAGGAGUUUCUGAAAUAUCUGGAACAGUUCAUGGUGCCGAAAAAUCAAAUGUACCAACAGAUGGCUAUGAUGCAGCCUCCAAGGAGGAGUGAAGAUGGGCCUGGUAGUUUUCGAGGAAAGGAUCAAGAUAAAAUGGAUAUGAGAAGACCGAAAUUAGAGUUUCCCUCACCCGCCACUUUGAUGGGAUUUACGGAUAAAGAGAAGUUUCCAGGAAUGAGUGACCUUUUUAAUAGAAAGAUACAAGACGGCAGCAGUCCGUCAAGAUCACCACCGGCAACAAGAUCGCCUCCGCCUAUGGAGAGCAAUGUUCCUACGCAAACCACAUUACACGAGUCCACAAAUAAACCUGAAGCAGAUAGAAAACAGAAGCCAACAAUAGAUACAGGUCAAAUUUAUGAUCCGCCUGAAAAAGAUUCUACGGAAGAAUUACAGUCGACAAACAGCGAUACAAGUGACACGAUUGGAUCCAGCGUAACUGUUAAUGUAAGUGAUAUUACUAUAAUGUGUUCCCGCAGUCCCAUGAAAAACAGCGCGUCGGAACAUAAAGGGGUUUUAGAAUCCGACAUAACCCACGACUCUUUCCCGGGGGACAUCUUACAGGGUUGGGAGGUGGGUACUUAUCCAGCGGAGGAUACAAGGAAGAGCCAAAAGAGACAUAGCGUAGCUGCUUGUUACUUGGCUGCGGCUUUGGCAAGCAAUAGAAGAGAUUCUCAAAACCCUGAACGACGCCCUCAAACAAGCAAUGCAACUCGCCCAGGUGUAACGACACGGCCACUGACAUCCCAAAAUAUAAUAAGUCCUGAAGCUUCUCUAUUCAAUCAGUCAAAGGAAUCGCUUGCUAGAGCUAAUAUGAAUAAAUUGUCAACGUCCAUACUGGGUCCAUCCAAUAAAAAUUAUAUCAUCGAUGGGUCUCUUUUCAAUUGGGAUCGUGAGACUGUCCUAGUGUUCGGCGGGAUCGAUCCACAUACUUCGUAUGGUGUGACAGGCAACACUGGGAAGGAUAUUUACAGUAUAUCAUCUUUCAGAUUUGAUCCAGUAACCAAUGCUUGGGAAUAUGUAGGGGAGUUGCCCGAACCGAGACAUCACCAUUCGGUUGCUUUUUUACGUGGUCGGGUUUUUCUUGUCGGUGGUGCUGACCCUCGCGAAGACGAUUUGCGUGGUAAAUCUGUGGUCGUAUCAACAGUAUGGAGCUAUGAACCGGUCACUAGGUCUUGGUACAGUGAAUCAGGACUUGCAAUACCAAGGAAAAACUUUGGUCUGGUUGUUCAUAAGAUGGCUUUAUAUGCAAUUGGAGGGCAAGAUAAAAAGGGCAGAGUAUUAAGAUCAGUAGAAAAGUUUGAUCCAAAGACGGGAUCCUGGAGUGAGGUGCGUUCGAUGGGAGUAGCGCGGAUGGCAGUGGCAGCGGUCAAAUACAGAGAGUACAUCUGGGUGGCCGGGGGCAUGACUGGCGAGAAGAAGAAACCCGUCUGCAAGAUUGUGGAGUGCUAUAAUUCAAAGACAAAUGAAUGGACGGAAAUUCACAGCCUUCGUUUCCCAAGAUGCUUCGCUACAUUAUUUUCCAUGAAUGACAAAUUGUAUAUAGUAGGAGGAGCUGGGAAAAUAUCAGAUAAGGACAAAACACCAAGUAGUGUUGGAGACAUUGAUGUAUGGGAUUGGAAGGACAGACAGUGGAAGCAAGAAACAGAAAUGUCCAUACCGAGACACGGACACGCCCUCGCGUAUUUGGGCACACAGCUCAUUAUAAUUGGUGGUGUAACAACGAUUUAUAUGCGGGCCCUUAGCAACGUGGAGUCAUUUUGCUGUGAACGUAGGGCCUGGAUACGCGGAGUAGCCUCGUUACCAUCACCUCUGUCUGGUCACGGCGCAGUCACUCUGCCCCCGGCGUCUCUCAUGUGA